GGGAAAUUUAUGAGGAGAAAGGACGUGAUUUUCGCGUUUCUUGGAGGAUUUAAAAACGAAAAUCUUGCCUGCAAUCAGAAGUACUGCCCGCAUUUUUACCGCGAGGAGGUGACUCGUUAUUACUUCGGACUGUUUCAGCCACACCCACACAGUGAUUGAGACCUUCAGUGAAGCUCCUCCUACAACAAUCCACCAAUAAAUGCUGGAGUCAAACACACAGAGAAAUCACUCCAUGUGUGACAACUGAAAUCUUCAUGACAUAAUGUUGAUGCUGGUGAAAGAGGAGCUUGAGAAGAUGACAGAUCCACAACCAUACAGAAUAAAGAAUGAAGAUACUGAGGAACAAAUAGAUAUGAUGAAAGUGAAUGAGGAGAGUCAAGCUGAACCGGAUGAGAAUCAUCAGAAUGCAAAAACAAACCUGAAAGGAACUCUGAGAACAGGAGACAAAAGGUGUGAAAAGAGUUUCGGAAAGGUUGGACGCCCUGUGGAUCACAAGAGGACUCACAGUGAGGAGAAACCUUUCAUGUGUCAACAGUGUGGAAAGAGUUUCAGGCGUAAAGAUAUCCUUAAGAUACACAUGAGGACUCACACCGGAGAGAAACCAUUCACGUGUCAUCUGUGUGGGACGGGCUUCUCCCAAAAAUCAAAUUUAACAGCCCACAUGAGAAUUCACACUGAAGAGAAACCUUACACGUGCAAUCAAUGUGAAAAGAGUUUUAGAAAUCAAAGUAAUCUUAAGUUACACAUUAGAGUUCACACUGGAGAGAAACCAUUCACGUGUCUUCUGUGUAAAAAGAGUUUCAAGCGUAAAGAUAUGCUUAAGACACACAUGACACUUCACACCGGAGAGAAACCUUACACUUGUAAUCAGUGUGGAAAGAGUUAUACAAAUCAAGGUAACCUUAAUUUACACAUGAGAAUUCACACCGGAGAGAAACCAUUCAUGUGUCUUCUGUGUGGGACGUGUUUCUACCACAAAUCAAAUUUAACAGCCCACAUGAGAGUUCACACUGAAGAGAAACCUUACACGUGUAAUCAAUGUGGAAAGAGUUUUAGAAAUAAAAGUAAUCUUAAGUUUCACAUAAGUGUUCACACAGGAGAGAAACCUUACAUGUGUCAUCAUUGUGAAAGCUGUUACUCAGAUGCAAGCCAACUUAAAAAGCACAUGACAAUCCACACCGGAGAGAAACCUUACACUUGUCAUCAGUGUGGAAAGAGUUUCAGAAUUAAAGAGUACCUUAAUGAACACACAAAAGUUCACACUGGAGAAAAACCAUUCACAUGCCAUCUGUGCGGGAACACUUUUAGAAAUAAAUAUAAACUAAAGGAACACAUGAGAGUUCACACUGGAGAAAAACCACAUGCGUGCAAUCAAUGUGAAAAGAGUUUCUCAGGUGCAAGCAAUCUUAAAAAACACAUGAGAAUCCACACUAGAGAGAAACCGUCCUUACACUUGUCAUUAGUGUAAAAAAAAGUUUCACAAAUAAAGGUAACUUUAAUUUACACAUGAGAAUUCACACUGGAGAAAACCCAUACGCAUGUCAUCAAUGUGGAAAGAGUUUUCGAAGUACAAGUAAACGUCAAGUACACAUGAGAACUCACAUGGGAGAGAAACCGUUCAACUUUCAGCGUGGAAAUAACUAAGCCCUCACAAGGUUUUUCUUCAUUUAUCCCUCAGUGGAGUUUUGGUUCUUGCUGCCGUCACCCUGUUGGCUUACUUAUGGGAAGACUGUAGGCAUUCGCUUAACGUAGGGUUUUGAAUUGAUAGUUUAUUUAAACUGACUAUUUUUUUGUCUUGACUAGUGAUCACAACCUUAUUUGUAUUAUAUGAUUCUGUGAUUUGCAAUAAAA